ACUGGCUAUGUUGUUAUGUUGCAUUUCGGUUUACGCCUUUGGUAGGACUUAGUAUGAAUAUCUGUUGUCAAUAUAACGCAGAGAUGAUGCAAAUUAUUGCCAAUUCUUUGUUAAGUGAUGUAAGCUGCAUUUUGCAUUUGAAGUAAAACCUGAAUUACUGUAACAAGAAAAACUUUCUCAUUUGUCAAAAUUCAUUAGUACGUCGUUAAAACUAAAUGCUGUCGUUUUUAAAUUUCCUAGAUGAAGUAACCGCCUAUUGUGUUCUGAAAACUAUAUGAACUUAUGUUUUUUGAUGUGUGAAUCAGAUCAACACAAUUCGUUUACUGAAGUUGGAUUAGCAAGAGUCAUUGGACAAUGAUAUAAUGAAUUAUCGAGCCUGUAGCUGUUGAAAGACGUAUUAGGACAAGAAUAAUGUUCGUUAGGUGAUUAGUGUACUGGUAAGGAAGGAAUAUAGGACGAAGAAAGACUUUUUCACAUUUUAAUCCUUCUGAACACAAAAAAUGUGCCAUGCUACUGGGACCUCACAAUGAGUAACCAGAUAGUGCUCUCUACAAAACGUCGAGGACUUCCUAGUACAUCUAGCUCAUCAGCCACGGCGACCAACACAACAACUGUUUCAGCAGACCUGGCAAGUCUGUUUGAAUGCCCAGUCUGCUUUGAUUAUGUCCUGCCUCCGAUAUUGCAGUGUCAGAGUGGACAUCUUGUUUGCUCCAAUUGUCGGCCCAAGCUGACUUGUUGUCCGACAUGCAGGGGACCUUUGGGGAAUAUUCGCAACUUAGCAAUGGAGAAAGUUGCGAUCACUGUUAUGUUUCCUUGCAAAUAUUCAACAUCUGGCUGUGCUGUGUCACUUCUACAUACUGAGAAGGGAGAACAUGAAGAAACGUGUGAAUUCCGGCCAUACUCCUGCCCGUGCCCAGGGGCUUCUUGCAAAUGGCAAGGUUCGCUUGAGCAGGUGAUGCCUCACCUCAUGAUGUCCCACAAGUCUAUCACAACACUGCAAGGUGAGGAUAUUGUAUUCUUAGCAACGGACAUCAACCUACCAGGAGCAGUGGACUGGGUCAUGAUGCAGUCAUGUUUUGGCCACCAUUUUAUGUUGGUACUGGAGAAACAAGAGAAGUUUGAUGGACACCAACAGUUCUUUGCCAUAGUACAGCUCAUCGGGUCAAGGAAACAGGCAGAAAACUUUGCAUAUAGAUUAGAACUGAAUGGCCAGAGAAGACGUUUGACGUGGGAAGCAACGCCAAGAUCCAUCCACGAAGGAGUCUCGUCUGCCAUCAUGAACUCCGACUGCCUUGUAUUCGACACCAGUAUUGCCCAACUAUUUGCAGAUAAUGGCAACCUAGGUAUCAAUGUGACCAUUUCAAUGGUCUGAGACUGACGUGCUAUGUAUGGUUUGAGAUUUUCUCAGCAGAGUUCUGUCUUCUGGGUUGUUGCGCUGUGUAGUCUGGUCGAUGUUAACCAAUGUUUCAGAGGUCAUACUGCCUCCGUCAUCAUCGCCAUCGUUGGUUAACAUCGACCAGACUACACAGCGCAACAACCCAGAAGACAGAAAUCUUCAUGUGCUAUGGAGAUGAUGAUCACUGCCAAAAGUAUUAAUGGCACAGCUGAUUGGUAUAUAUUACCCAACAUCAAUUUUAUUUUUUCUGACUUUUUGCAUAAUUAUGGAAGAUGACUCACAAGUUCUCAUAUCAAGCAGAUGGUUGUAACACAGGACACACAGAAAAGUAUGUGAUCAGUUGGUGUUUUAUGUUGCAGAUCUUCACAGUUUUUGUAGCAAGUUUGAUUUUGUUUUUCUGAAUGUAUUUACUGUUGUUAAACUCAUGCAUUUUCAUGGGUUUCAUUAAAAGUAGCAAUUAAUUUAGCAAGUCUGUAAAUAUGUUCUUCAUGUGGAUUUGACUUACCCUUUGGUGUGACAACAAUGGAAAACUCUUCCUAGAAAAAGGAUAGAAGAUAAGUUUAUACCGUUUUCAGGGAUUUUGGUGACAGGAUGCAGUGGAAAUUGACUGACGUGACUGGCAAGUUUAGAAAUGUAUAUAUGUGUAUUGUACAUACAUAUAACCUGAAGCUUAUUGAAUAAUGAACUGAAUUCAUAGUUUCUGUGCUAAUGGACACUUUUAAUUUGUCGCCUUUCCAUGGUUUAAAAGAUCUAGCGUGGCCUGUUUUAUUGAUGCGAGUUCAGAAAAUUUAUUUCAUACCAUUCUAGCAUUAUUUCUUUAAUUUACGAACACAAAAUUUGAGGAUCACGAUUAAUACGAUAGCACAUAAGAAACACGGCAUUGCACAGAAGAGAAUAUAACAAUUUCUAAUUUCUAGACGUGUAUGUGAUCAUUCUCCUUGUCUCAUUAAGCUGUAUAUUUAUGAAUCAGCAUUUAUAUUUAAAAGUAUGGUGAUGAUGAAUGAUUGUUAAUAUAGUUUGUGUAUUAUUAGAACAGCUGGUUCAUUGAAUUGUUUUAAAGCCUUGACCCUUUCAGAUCUGAGUAAUUAAGGAGGUCAGUUUUUGUAUAGUGAUGCUUUUCUGAACAAUAUAGGAAUGGAGAUGACAUAGUUUUA